UUUACGUGAUGGGCUCCUUUUGCAGGCAUCCCGGUUUGCAGAUCACUCUUUGUUCACCCGAUGAGCGCUUCAUAUCAGAAGGGCGGCGUCAAAUUACCGAUUCACAGCUGGAUGCCUUAAUGGAUGUUGUUGCUAAUAAAGUGUACAUUAUCGGAGGCCUUGUGGAUGAAACUGGUGUUGGCUCACUGUCACGACACCAAGCCGAAGCGUUAAGUGUAGAUGUGCGACGAUUACCAGUACAAGAGUUCCUCCAACGCCAGCAGAAGGGAACAUUUAACACGAUGCUAGCAGUAAAUCAAGUUGUUGAAAUCCUCGUACGUUAUGUUAUCACCAGAAAUUGGCUUGAAGCGCUUUCAGUCGUUCCCAAAAGAACUGGCUAUGAAGCCCCGAAGUGUCACAGUGGUCGGUGAUG